AUAGUUCUCUGUAGUUAAGUAAGAUGGCGCAUGGUUUGAAAAGUGAAAGAAAGGCAUAUGGCGUUCGUUUCUAUUUUUGCUAAUUCAAAGAGGUUUAUGUGCGUUGUAAUUGAAGUUUGAGAAUAAACCAUACACACAAGUUAGUGUAAUAUACAAGCAUUUUUCAUUGAAUUUAUUAUCGCGAAAUUGACUUGCUUGUGUCCGUAUGUUGAGUUUUUGUUGACGAAAUAACAAACUGUGAUAUUAAUAUUAGUUGUAUAUUAUAUAGGUUUUUCUUUAUACGAUUUCGAGUUUUGAUUAUUUAUUAUACAACUUAGAUUAGGUGUACAGCUGACUUUGUAUUAAAAGUGUAACCAAAGAAGAAAAUUGUGCUAUGUCUAUGUCACAGGCGUCAGAAACAGAGAAAAUGCAGAUGAAGAUUUUGAGUGACAAGCAGUCUAAAAAUGGAGAUGAACAAGUCGAAGGAAUGAGUGUAUCUGACGUACCGACUGAAGAUUUUGCCGACCCUGCCAUUUUGGUUAUACGAGAAAACGUCAAAAUUAGCUAUUCAAAGGAUGAGCUGUUGAAACUACGCGAAGCUCCGCUUUCUAAAAAGAAACCAGAUUUCAUUGACCCUUCAGAAGUUUGCCCAUCCAUCUGGGAUACCGAAAAAUGGGGAAUUGAACGAAAGAAAUCAGAUACUCCCAUUGAGAACGGUCCUCGAUCUAGUGGCGACGGCCCUUCGGAGCAUAGGCGACGACCCGGAGAUCCUAGGGAACGAAUUCGCAAAGAAAACGAUGGAAUUGUUUUGUCACCUCAACGACGCAGUUUCAAUUCCGGCUGUUUUGUACCAGUUAGAGGCGAUGCUACACGGAAUAAUCGAUCUCAUAGUCCAUUAGGAUCCAAAAAUGAACCCUCUCAUAUGGGUAUGAGGGAAAUACAGUCAAAUACUAGACGAAUUGGAAGUGGUAGAAUUCUUCGUGAUCCAUGGGACUUCAAUGAUAAACUUGAUUCAGGAGACAACGAGUACAGUUACAGAAGUCAACAACGUAACAAUAACAACGAUCGCGAUGACAAGUUCGGGGACAAAUAUGAAAGGAGAAGUUUUGGCAGAGAUUUUGAUAUAACAAGAGACAGAGAAAACAAUAAUAAAGAUACCAGAAGAAUUAGUAAAGGGUUCGAAAGAAGGAGGAUAUCAGACAGAGAACAGGAAGAACCAGAAUGGUUUUCCGGUGGUCCAUUAUCUCAAAAUGAUACGAUCGAAUUACGAGGUUUCGAUGAUGAGAAACCCACUAGAAAGAAACUCAGCCCACCAAAUUUGAAGCGCGCAAAGGAGGUUAAGAAAAAAAGUGAACCAGUACCGGUAACCAGUAAUGGAGAUGAAAAAAAAGAGCAAGACACUCGUACGAUAUCUGAACAAAAUGUUGCAUCCGCCCCGCCGGUCGGGGGUCAAAAUGAUAAGAAAGAAAAGCCCGACAAGCCUGCAAAAGACGAGCUAAAGGACAAUAAAGUUGACACUGAAAAGACUGAAACAGAAGGCGUAGUCAACGCGUUAGCCGAUGAACAUUCGUUUAAUUUUGACGAAAUCUUGAAAUGUGAGACUAUUCCUGGAUUAUUGACGAAUGGUAUUGGAACCGAUGGAGACAAUACAAAAUCUCGCUUUAGUCGUUGGUUUAAGCAAGAAAGUCCAGAGAAACUAGAAAGUCGUCGUUCAUCCUUACACGAAGAUCAUCAUAUCAUCAAGCAUUUGUUGAAAGACAUAGGGGAAACAAGUGUAACCAUUCCUGGCGAUUCUGAUGCGUACUUUGCACCUAUCUCUCCCGCUGGUAACACUGGAGUAAAAAAAGAAAUUCAACCACAAUCUCAACCGAUCAAUAUCAUGGAAAUAUUGCAGAGGGGUAAGCAGCAAGCUGAACCGACUAAGCAAUCAAUUACAGGGAAGAUACUCAGCCUAGAUGAAUUGGAAGCGAAGAUAAGGCAAAAUGUUGAAGCAAGUACUGGUAUAUCUACGAAACAUCAUCAAAAACCUGAUGAAGAUAUGGCAGCAGCUUUCAAAAAAUUAUUAGAACAAGCACAAUCUGGAGGCCAUCCUGCAUCUAACAGCGCAUCAAUGAACAAGACCCAACCCAUGAGUUUACUAGAGAUGUUGAAUCAUUCCCAACAACAAGACGAAGCAGCUAGAUUGUCCGCUACAACUCCGCAUCUUCUUGGCGCAUCCAACAUAAAUAUGGGAAACAUUCAACAUCACGUUUCUAAUGAUCUCACAAUGAAAUUGCAACAAGCACAAUUUCAACAGCAACAACAACAGAAGCAACAGAUGGAUAUGCUCAAUAAAUUGAUCAACGCAACAACGUCUGUCCAUCCUCAACAAUUGCGGGCGUCUCCAUUGCAUGAUUUAGUUAUGCAACAAAGCAGAGAUUUACUGAAUCGACCUGAGGCACAGGCCAUACUUCAAGGUCUGAAACGUGGUGAAAUCACCACUCAACAUCUUUACCAACAGUUGGCUAAUCCAGCUUUACAGCCGAGACAUAGGGAAAUGUUAAUGACUAUCUUGAAAAUACAUGGAAACGGCGGUUUUGGUCCUAGCCCGAGAGUGCUUAGUCCGGUACCGCCACCACAUCACAUGUUUCAACAACAACAGCAACAACAAUUAAGGGUAUCGCCUCUACCACCGAAUGCUAUGCAUCAAAGAAUUCCAUCACCAAGAGAAUUACAAGUCCAUACUCAAAACAUUCUGCAACGAGCAUUGAUCAAGAAAAAACUUGAAGAACAACAAGAAAAUUAUCGUAAAAAGCAAGAGAUGCAAAGAGGACAAAGUCCAAGUAAUAACGCUAGUCAAACUCCCUCUAAGAACGUUCCUUCUCCCACUCCAUUGGCAUUCACACCAACAUCAGUACUAAGAAAAAUGACCGCAGAAAAAGAAGAAGGUAAAGAAACUAAGGCGAACACUGAAUCUAAAGUACCUCCUGGAAGACCAUUGACAGGAAUGAGAACACAACCUCCGCAGCAACAAUGGAAUCCCAGUGCCCAGUUUAUGUCUGUAAAACAUCCAGGUAUCGACAGCCGUCCAAUUGUCAAGGCAAACAAUAAUUUUCAAUCCCCCAUGACCGAUCAAUUCUUUGGACAACAAGCUCCGCCACCUCAACAGCAACAAGUUAUGCAACAACAGAGAGCUCAACAACAACAAUUAGCUUAUCAACAACAGCAACAAAGAAAAGUAUUAAAUCCUCAGGUUUUGGGCUCACAAUAUCCGACUAACCAAGGUGUUCCCCAGUCUCAAUAUAAUCCUCAACAAUACUCUUCUAAUCAACAGUUUACUCAACAGCAACUUCGAGCGCAGCAUCAGCACAGACCAGCUAAUCAACAGCAAUCUGUACAACAGCAGCAACAUCAACAAAUGAAUUUCCAACAACAACAAAACAGUCAACAACAGAAUAUGAGUGGGGGAAAUUGGCAGCAGUUCUUCAAUAGUUCACUUCCAGCGAAUAGAAACUCCAAGGCAAGCACAGAAAACGACGGAAUCCGAGCUACGUCCACAUCUUCCUCUACUGCGACAGUAAAUCAGUUGGCACGUUGGUUUUCUCCUGAUCUACUGGAACGUGCCAGAGUGGGUGAGUUGCCUAGUACCGCUGGUCUUUCACAACAUGUUCUUAGCCUUGAAGAAAUUGAACGGCAAACGGCACCCCCCGUCCAUAAUUAAAAUGUCAAGAAUUGUUACUCUUAUUUGAAAGAUGUUGAAGUGGGGCGUCGGGGAGGGAUAUGAAUGGUUAAAUAUCAGUCAACGACUUGUUAAUUUUAGUCAAAGAAAUAUUGAAUGUAUCAAAUGUAUUUAAUCCCUCUUAGGAACUUGUCAAUUUGUCUUAAGGGAAAACAAAAGUCGUUAUAAAAUCCUCACCCCUAAGAUUAAUAUAUAAACUGUAACAUUUUGUAAAUAAAACAAAAAAAAGUUACAUAUACAUUGUGAUAGAAUUAUGAAGUUAUUAUGAGUUUAUUGUGUAAUUUCUCUUAAUACAUUUAUUUCAGAUAUAAUUGACUAUACAAGAUAAGCCAAGAAUUGUUGGUAUUUUGAGUACAAAUAGAAAACUUUCCAAUUAACUUUCACAGUAUUUUUAUUUACACAAAAAUGUGUUCAGAAAAAGGUGGUUUAAAAUUCAGAAGGGGAGAUAUUAUUUCAAACAAUAAAUUUUAAUGUGUUUAGUAUUUUCCAGAUUUAAAAAUAAAUAUAUGUUUGCAAUCUUGAAAAACAAUUGAAAAUUAUAAAGUGGACAAAAGUGCCAAUCCUUUUACACUCUUAAUUACUCGAAUUGUUGAGUUUAAAUGUCUCACUAUGUAGCUUGGUAUUAAUGUAUUACUAAAAUACAGAGCAGUUACGCUAUAAACGGUUGUUUAAUCAUGGAAACUCGUUACUAUAUUCAGUUUGUAUGUAUUUCGAAAAAUAAAAAAGAUUGAAUAUAAUUUGAUCAGUAUAGUAACAAUUUAUUACCCUAUUGUACAGCCAUUGUUUUUGUCGCUAAUAAAAAAAUAUGAAACCGCAAAAAUAACUACCAAAUGGAACAAAACACGAUAAAUAAAAUUUUCAACUAUUCUAAGUUAGAGUUACCUAAAUAAUUUUCUUUCACAUUCCAAACUGCUAUUACUACAUUGCGCUUCAUCUUUUCGCUUUUCUUCAUAAUUAGAGGUGACACAAAAACAAAAAUUCUUUCUGUCUUGUAUCUAUCUAGUAUUCACGGCCUGUUAGUUCAUUUUAGGUUUGUUGAUGAUUCAGGUUUUCAUUAGGGGAGGGUUAUAAAAUACCGCGCCCGUUAGAGCAUAUGAAUAUAAUUUUCGACUAGUGCAUAUCAGAUCAACUCGAGCUAAAAUUUUAUUAUAAGAGGUUACCUAGCAAUCAAUUUUUAAUACAAUAUUUAUUUUGUACAACACCUAUAUAAAAAUACUGGUUUGAGAAUAGCGUGCCCCGGUUUGAUAAUACCGUGCAUUCAAAAUAAUAGGCGAUACAUAGGUUAAUCAACAUUUAUUUAGGCAUAAUUCACAGCCAUUAUAGGUACAUAACUAGGUAUAGUGCUUAUCUUAACAGAAUCUAACAUUAAUCUUAACAGAAGUCGCAAAUAUAAUUUUCUUUUCCACUGCAUUCUUUGUGUAUCCAGGUUGAACAAGAACAGCAACGAAACCAAACUUUAUUAUUACGUCCGAAUUCACCACACAAUUUACAUAUGUCAUUAGUAUUCUCAUUUUCUUUGUCUGAGCUUAUCUCAUCUUCAUCAUCGUCAUUACAUAAUUGUGCAAGGGAAAUAUCCUCACUGCUAGAAAUUAACACUCUUCAAAGAUUUUCCUUUUGCUACAGCUUUUCCUUUACAUUUUUUUUUCUUCUUCUAAUCUUCUCUUUUUCUCCUUAUCUUCUAGCUGUCCUUUUAGUGGCGUGGCGGUCAAAAUUUGGGAGUGUUGUUUUUUUGAACGUCUUUUAAUUUUCUUAAUUUUUCGAGGCACUGGUCUCAAUAUCUCUAAAGUGUUACUACGCGAAGUACUGGCAACAGGUUCAGUCUCAUUUGCAACAUGUGUAGUGAGUGCUUCCGUUGCUAUGUCAUUGUUGAAUGAAUUUUUGUUUCGAGUAGUUAAGUCUUCAACAAUUGGGUCUGAUAUAAAUCAUCAUCAAAUAUGUCGGGGUUUAUGGGAUGAAUGCCAGUCACUUCGAAACUUUUUACUGCCUUGUCCAUCGAAUCUACUCUCAAAUAAGCUUUGUUAAAUAUUGAAGUCAAAACAUCAUGAGUAAUUUUUUCAUAUGGAUGGUUUUUCAUAUAUAAGUCACACUCUUUAGGAUAAACUGUCUUCAAUGGACCGUAGAAAGUGACCAAAAACAAUGCAAUUUCAGAUUUAUUAAAACCCAACACUCUAUUCAUGCUUGUUGGCUCUGGAAGUCGUAAAGAGAUCUCAGGAUUUCUUUUCAGAAACGCAUACACCCAACACUUAACAGCCAUGCCCUUCUCUGUUGAAAAAAUGUGUCUAAUAUUUAUGCAACCGCGAACUCAUAAUCCAAUUUGCGUAGUUGUUGCUGUGAGAUUCCAAAAAAUGUUUUAGCCAACUUAAUAAUAUGGCCAGCUAACUCCUUUUCAUCUUCUUUUCGAUAUGUUGUCUUUCGGCCAAGUCGAGGGUCAUAGUAUACUCAUAAAUGAUCUUGCUACUUCCUUUAUUUUUCUCCCACUCUUUACAGCUUCUAAAGCAGCUUGCAUUUGAAGUGGAUCCCGUGACUCCUUUUUUCUUUUUGGUGCACUUUCAGCCAUGGUAUAAACAUAGGUACCUAUAAUAUGCAGCCUACGCCAUUUUGUUUUGCCACCACAACAGAAUUUUACAAAUAAAAUUUUUGGUCCUAAAACUCAUAUCUACUUAAAUAACACCAAAUUACGCUACAAAAUACAUUAUAACAUAAUUUAGACCACACAAAGAAGUACAUACUUGGAUACGUCUGUCACUGAACAAUUAUAAGAAAUGCGCGCAAAAGUUCUCUACAGACGUACAACUUGUACCACUGACCAUGGGCCACUGCCGCGCGGGGCGGGGUUACUCGGUCGCAAGGGCGAUCAUGUGAUACAUACACAGUCAUAGCUUUUAUAGAUAGUUAUAAGUUACACUGGGGCGCGGUAUUAUCCAACCCUCCCCUAUAUCAACCAAUAAUGUUAAACAUAUCCUAUAACAUUAUCAGCAGAAUUGACUGCUUAAUUUUAAUAAAAUUAGGAUAAAAAUUACUGAAGAAUUCAAAACAUUGAAAUUGCUCUAUUGUCGAUUGCUCUCUGUAAACAGGCUCAACAAAUCUACACAAAUAUGGAAACAAGUGACUUACUUUCAAUGAACACUGAAUGCUUUGAAAAUUAGCAUCAAUUGUUGCUGGUGCUGAUAAUAACACAAUUGUAAUCGAUUGAUGCUAGACGCUUUUAAUCCACUUUGUAAUAAUAAUUUGUAUAUUGUCUUUUGACGGUAUCUAAUCUUCUAUUCAAAUAAAGUUUAAAACUUCAAUUAUCGUAAACUCCCAAGUAUUAUUAGUUAAACUACUUUUUCAACUUGAUGAAUGUGGACGGUUGAGGACAAUUUUUUUUACCAUUUACAAUUUUAUAAAUAGUGUUUUCAUUAUUUUCUUAGGUGUAAUAGAGAAAAUGUAUUAUUGGUAUUUAAAAUUGGAAAGUUGCUUCUUGUACAUUUAUAAUUAUAUCACUUUUAAAAAGCGGUCAAUCAAAUAUCGGCAUAGUUUGAAAAUUUGACAAUAAACUCGCUAAUUUUUGGGGAACAAAAAUUUUUUUGAUCUGUAUUGAUUUUAGAAGAAUGUUCAGUAAAUACUGGUUAUCAGUAACCAAUUUUUUUGUUAUUGUCUGCAAUUUGAUAAAAAUUAAGUUUUCAUUUAAACAUAUCAAUAUUUUGAUUUAUAUUCAAAUUUUAUAAUUUCUGAGCUGCCUCCAAGCUGCGUUUUUUUGAUAUUGAAGGUAUCUUUUAGUUAAUAUAAUUAUUUACUUUUUGGUAUUUAUUUUUUCUAUACAGAAAUGAAGAAAAAAAUGAAUAACUCAACAUGUAUUUAAAACUGUUUUUUGUGUAUUCUUAGUAAACAAAUCAUAAAUCACAAGAUUACAGUUACUAGAAGAAUAUUUUUUCUAUUUCAAUGUUUAAAAUCUUUAUUUGGAAAAUUAUCAAUAUAAAAUUUGCCACUUCUUCAAAUUAUUAAAAAUUCAUUUGCCUCUUAUAAAAACCUCUACAUCUUCUUUGUGAGAAACUUCCAGGUAUAUAAUAUAUAAAAUAGAGUAUAUUAUGCCUGAAAGUAACAAAAAGAAACUAGAGGAAGUCCCAAAAAAAUUUCAUAUAACGAACAAUAUUUUUUAUUACUAUUCGAAGCGGACGUCUAUUUUGUGCUGAAAAUGGCUAAAAUAUUUCUGCAUGUCGAAUUUCAAAAAAAUUGUGCCUACUUAUCCUUCAUAAUACAUAUUACAAAUGACUUCACUCAAGAUUAAAAUAAAUACAUAUUUUGUAUUUCAAAGUUAAAAUUUUCCAAAUAUUUUAUAAUUUUCAGUAUUUUACUUGCAUUAACUUCUCUAUUAAAAAACGAAUUGAUUUACUGCUUUUUAAAUACAUUCUUGGCUUCAUUAUGAUACUACAUAAUUUUUUCAACAUUAUGAAGAUGGUUGUUACAUUACUUAAUGCGUCCUAACCAUUUAAAUUGUCGACUGAAAAAUAAAUAGGGUUAAUUGGGUUAACGAAAAAUUGAGUUUUAUUUUUUAGAAUGGAAUUUUUAUUUUAUUUUUGUUUGGUGUGAUAGACAUUUUUUGUUUCGUUUUGGUGUUUCACUAGAGUAAUGGCAACCACAAUAUAGUAAAGGACGAUGUAUUUUUUUCCUUGUGGAAAAUUGCGCUCAGUUGAUUUGCUGUGAAAUACUUUACUGUUACUGUAAUUGAAUAUUGUACUCCCCCUGAUUAUUUAUUAUAUAAAAAAAUCUAACUGAGGUCUAAAUUUUCAUUGCCAAUUGCUUAACAGGUUAUAUAUUUGGGUUAUAUUUUUGCAUAUCACAAUUAUUGGGAAUCGCAACUUCAUUUUCCAGCGUUAUUUUGAUAAUGCCUAUAAAAACAUGCCAGGUGCAAAAAUAUAGCUUUAAUUUAGCUUAAAUCGAAACAAAUUCAUUGAUUCAGUAGGCCUUUUUAAAUAAAUUAUGAUCAAAGACACAAAGUUUCUAGAAAACUGAAUGUUAUUUUUGAGGUUUGUAUUGGUUUCUAAUAAUUAUUUUUUUCUGUUUUAUUCAAUUUAAUAAUCAAACAUCGUAUACAAAUUUAUUUUACAAUACUAAAAAUUUUAUGCGUACACGACAACAAAUCAAAACUUAGAAAAAAUUGUCUGCAAAUAUUUUCACAUAAUUUGUGCCUUCUACUACAUUUACCGUGGAUAUAACAGCAAAUCAUUAGCGCCAUUUUUAUAAGGAAUUUGUCUAAUCCUAUUGAUAUAUCGGUGGUUCCCAAUUAAUUUUGUGCUUGUAUAAAUUAUUAAUGACAGUGAAAAUCACAUAACAGAUAUCAAUGUGACAACUCGAAAAAAAUCUUUCUGCUCGGUCAACUUUCUUGAUAUCUAGUAUUCAUGAUUGUAAUUUUGAUCUGAUGGAAACUUGCUUUUAGAUCAAACUCCUUUGUAAAACAUCGUUAUUUUGUUAUAUCGUGAGAUAAUAACUAUUCUUAUUGAUAGAUUGGUAGAACACUGCUAAUAAUUGGGAAACACUGAACAAAGUCGCAUAAAAAGUUUGAUUUUAUAAUAUUCUGGAACUUAUUUUUUCUGUGCCCUUCGUUAAAAUUUACUUAAUGAUAAGAUCAAUACUUAGAACACGUAAAGUAUAGAGAAAUGAACAUUAUGUCAAUUGUAGCUAGUCUAAACUUUGUUCUUUUCACAAAGUGAAUUUUUAACGAAUUUAUUUAAAAAAAACAUUCCUAAUAAUCUUUAGUACUGAGCCCAAAAUAACUUCUCGGUAUUUAUUUAUAAAUUAAAUUGAAGUCAAAUGCGAAACAAAUUUUUAAUCCAAAUAUUUAUAAAUAAUCAUCCAGUUAUAUUUUGUUACUUUGAAUAAAUUUUGUAAUAACAUUUUUUCUUCGAUCUCUAGGUUAACUUACUUUAGUAUACAUAUUAUAGACGAAAUCUAUAUUUUGAAUCUUUACUUGAAUGAAAAUUGCUUUGAAUGAAUAAAUAAUUUCCUAUUGCAGAAAGUUGGUUUAUUUAAUUUAGAUUAAUAUCCAGGCUGUGUUUAAAAGUUUUAUAUAAUAUAUUAUUUCUAAUAUUUAAAACGUUAAAAAAAUUCAAGAGAUUAAAAUCUUGAAAAUUACGAAUAAAACCCGAAUCAAAUUUAUUAAUCAAAUUAAAACUAAUUUUUGGCUGUGGUUCAUGAUAUAAUAUACUGUAUCGAAUAUUUUGAAAGUAGAAUCCAAAUGAAAAUUUAGGAUAUUGUAAAAAGGAACAGUUAAAACUAUACUCUUAUUAAAAAUGUAUGUUAAUAUUGGAGAACUCAAUAUAAAAAAUUGUUUCGUUUUUGACUUGAAAAAAUAAUGGCCUUUUAAUAGUUUUAUGUUAAUUUUUAACCAGAAAGAAUAGCAAUGUACGGCAAAUACCCAAGACCCGUUUGAACUUCUACAAAUGGAAACUAUGAAAACACUCAUUUGCACGAAACUUAUUAAAUAUUCUUUGCAUCUGAUUAACACAAAAUUAUUGAGGUCUUUAAUGGACAAAAAUCUGAAAUUGAAAUUAUCAAAUGCCAAAUAAACAUUGUUAAAUCUAGAUACUUUCUCUCUGUAAAAACUGUAUAAGAUGAUUUUGUAAAUAUGAAAUGUCAUAUUAAAAUUGACAUACAUUUUUGUUUUGAAAAAUAAGUAAAUGAACAAGAACAACCAAA